AUGAAGACUAGUUUGGUACCUUUUGGGAAGUCCUUUGGAAAUAGACUUAAUGGUAAUAACAAUAAUAAAAAUAAUGAUAAAUCUUUCGCUGAUGAGAAAAAUGUAGUGACUUCACUCCCACAUUCUAGAUAUUGGUAUGAGCCAGAACCGUUAAACCAAUACAUCAAGAUCAUAUUUAAUAUAAUUAUUACCCUAGCAAUUUUAUUUAUCUUGUAUAAAUUCGUUCACUUAAUCUCCUUAGACGUUGAAUGGAAAUUAAUGGAACUGGAGUUAGAUUCUAUGAAUCAAUGGAGACGGUGUGAAUUAGAUUACAAAAACAAUAAAUGUUUUCUAUCUAAUGAGGCGAUUCCACCGAAACUGCGAUAUAAAUGCCAAGAAUGGUCACAUUGUAUUGAACAAUAUUCGCUUAAUAAUAAACGGUCUUUUCAGUCAGCUAAGUUGUGGGUACAGACUUUAGCUGAGGUAGUUAACACUUUCAUUGAAACUAUCACAUUGAGAUCUUUACUGUUUGUAUUAAUAACUGUGUGUUCCAUCGUUAUGGUCACAAAUACUAUCUUUGGAUCUUAUAAAGUAGUUUACUAUAAUAAUAAUAACAACACAUAA